UUUUCUUUCUACAGAUACAUGUAUGGCAUUAAAUCAUGUCUCUGAUUGAGGGAAUCGGGGAUGAGGUCACCAUCUUGGUGACUGUCAUUGUUGCAGUAACAACUGUGGUAGCUGCCUGGUUUUCAACAUCUGUAACUGAACAGCAGCCUUAUUGGCAAGAUGAGCCUGCUGUUUCAGGAUCUUCAGUAGAUCCUGAACCAUUGUCUCAGCAGUCAACAACAUAUUCAGAUGAUGGCCUUGGAGAGGUGAGAGAAGCUACUGAAGGUGUUACUUCAGGAAUCUCCAGUGAGGGAUUACAAGUUUCUUCAGAGGAUAGUGUAAGGAAUGUUCAGUUGGCAGAGACUGAGUUACAUGUAAGUUCUGAAGACCAAGCUGCAUUAGAAGAAAGAGUAUUUGCAAGUUCCAGUGCUUGUACAGAAAGUCUUCUGAAAAAUGAGGAGAGUCGGUAUGAGGAAGGACCAAAGCAGAAUACCCCAAGUCAAAAUUCUAGUUUUGAAUGCAUUGAAGCAACAGAUAAUUUGAGUGAAAGCAGUACUUUAAAGAUCAGUGUAGACUCCCCUGGCUUAGAAAGUGUAGAUGGAGUAAGUAGUUCUGAGAAAUCUUCAUCUGAUUUUGCAGAGGAGAGAGUGGAGGAUGUACAAAUUCAUUUGGAAGAGCAGAGUGUCAGAAGAAGGCAAAUCCAAAGUACAUGUACUGCUGCUGAGAAUUCAGAUAUCCAAACAGCUCAAAACCAAACGGAUCAAUCGCCAUUAAUCUCUGGAACAGAGACCCAUAAAGACAACCACCCAGAGAACACUUCUCAUGAUAAUGUUAGGACAAAUCAACCGCAAUUGAUGAGAGAUCAAGCAUCAAGUGGUGUGAUAACCAUUAAGUUGAGGUUUCUAGAUGAAACAGAAAGGCUUGUCUCAACAAAUAUUGAAGAUACUCUUGGCAAUUUUAAAAGAGAUACCUUUUCAUCUGAGCUUCAGUCAGGCCAGACAGUUCGUCUAAUCUCUAAUGGUCAGCUGUUAUCAGAAGAAAGCCGAACAUUAGCUUCAUAUGGUAUCACCAACCAACAGGUUAUCCAUUGUCAGAUAUCCCAAGCUUCUUCUCAUACUCAUCAAGAGCACCAGAAUGUAGACACAGGAGAUGGUGACUUUGAUCUUGGCAGAUAUAUGGUCCCCCUCUUUGCUUGUAUUCUUGCCUUCAUGUGGUACCUAAGGUUCCAAUACAGAUAUAUGUUUAAUGCAACCUCUACACUUUCCCUUACAGCUGUAACAGCCGUUUUCAUUUUGGCUUUAUUGGCUGUCUGGCGGGCAUAAUUUUUCUUCUUUUUAAAAAUCUUUCCCUCUUUUCUGUUGAUAUGUUUCUGAGUGAGUUCUGUUUUCUAUUCUAAGCUUAGCAGGUAUUUGUAGAAUGAGUGGUCAAGAAAGCAUCUAAGUCCUUCGGUCGUGCUUUUCAACAAUUUGACUUGAGUGCCUCUGUUGAACUAUAGUUAGACAUUUUUCAAAUGGCACUCAAUGCUUCAAUACAGCCAUGGGAAAUAUCCUUGAGAAGAUGUAGAAGAAUUACAGAUUACACUUUGUCAAUUCUGUGUACGAUGGAAUAUGGAUGAGAAGACACAAUGCCUGAAAAUGACAUUACAUGGCAUUCUUAAUUUUGAUGGGCAAAUGUAAAAAAGUCCUCGUAAUACUCCAAAUUUACUGCUGUUACUAUAAACCACGCCUCUGAAUUUUAGUUGUAUCCAGAUUUGAUUUCAAUGUUGGUGAAUUUGUGUUAAAAUACUAGUCAUUCUUUUUUUUUCUGUCGGUGUAUUAUUGAUGAAUCAACAAGUUUAUUUUAUAUAACCAUUAAAGAAUCUAUCAACAGUAUUAUGCAGAGUUUGCAGACCAUGAGUUGUGACAUGAAUGAAAUCAUUGAUGUUUACCCUUGUAUAAAAGAGCAAUUUCGCUAUGGAUUAUUUCACCAUUUUGUAUUUCGUGUUUAGAAACAAACAUACUGAUAUCUUAGUUUCAUUUAUGGGACAGUCUUUGAUUGUCAGAUCAGACAAUUAUUUUGUAAUAUUUUCCUCAUGCAUUAUUACCUUCUGUGUUGCUGUCAGUAGUUUUAUCAAUUAGUGUGGUCUGUAAAAAGAUUAUCUAAAAGCAUUGUAUGCAGAGGUCAUGAUCAAUUCAUCCUUUGUAAUAAUCAUACACUCAGAAUUCACAGUAUUUUACUUUGACAGGGCAUAAUUAUUUGCUUUUAAGACAGUUUGGUAUUAUACUUUUAAUUUCAUCAGAAUAUUAUGUAUCAAUUACCAAUCUCUAUUUAAAAAAGGGAUAAAUUGUCCUUCUUGUACUUUGUUAUAUGAAUGUAUGCACAGAACUAAGUGUUAACUGUAAGUGUGAAUACAGUGUUAGGGAGGUGUCUGGAGAAACAUGUAGCAGUUUGGUAGGGGAAUGCCCAGUAUACAUGCACAUCUUCUUGUGCAUUCAUUUUUAUAAUGCUUAUCCUGGAGUGCUCAUACAGACCUCCCACCUAUUCUUAAUUUGGAAGGAAGAAUCUGAAAUUUGAAAGCUUUUCUUAAAUAUAUUUCCUUGUACUUGAUAAUUUUACCACCGGAACUGUGACCCCGGAACUUAAUCCUAUCAGAAAUGCUGUUCCUUUACAUUUUUUUUUAUCAAAAGCACCAUAUUGUUAGAAGGGAAGUUUGCAUAGUCUGCCCCUAUUUAUUGAGCCUACAAACACUGUCUAAUAAGCUAAUGGUUUUUUUUCCCCUGUGGGAGAACUAGUCAAGGGUUAUUUCUUCAAAUUGUUUGUCAAAACUAAACUUUAGCCUACUUUAAUCUAGCUUUCAUUAUUGCUCUAUCUGGCUUGUCUUUCUGAACCUUUCAUAUUCUCAAGAAACCUAAUGGCCGAAUUCACAAAGGGGGUUUUUAAAACCAUCGGUUGAACCCAUGGUUAAUGCAGAUUUCCUGUAUAAAUUACACUUAUUUACCGCGUAUAUUAAAAAAUGUGCGCUUUUGUCACAGUGCGCCAAUUUGACGCCUGUUGCCAUGGUUAAGUACGCUCUUUUAUUCAUGAGUCCACUGUUUGAAGAGGUAAAUAAGUGUUAUUUUUACAGGAAAUCUGCCAAUGGUUUUAAAAACCAUUUUUCUGAAUUUGGGCCAAUAUAUGUAUGACCAUUGAAUAAAUAGUGACAUUGCUGGACAGACAGUUUUUUGUACAAACAUAUACUUACCACUGAUGUUUUUAUUGAUAAAAAUAUAUGGUUCAUGUUAUCAGUGCAAUAUUUUCAAUUAUCAAAUGUUUGUACUAAGAUUUGAAAAGGUUCAAACAUUUAUUUUAUCGUAUUUUAAUUACUGUUACUGAAAUGAAUGAAUUUUGAAUUAUAUGCCAAUUUUUCCUUUCAUAAUUUUUUUUUUCCUUUUUACUAAAUCCUUUCAUCAUAGCAAAGAUUAAUUGUAUUCCAAAGCACUCAAAAACAAUGUAAUCGGCAGAGUUGAUAUAGAGGGUGAAAUGAGCUCCAAUGCCUACUAUUCAUCAUUUAUUUCUUCUAGUACUACAUAAAAUAUUUCAAAUCUUUACUUUUCUUCUCCUUUUUUAGAAUCUUUUGUCAAUUUUCCCUCUCUUUCAUGAUUUCAUUUCAGUUUCCUUAGAAAUAAAAGUGUUAAUUUUACUUAAAAUAUCAAGAUCAUAGUUUAUAUAAAAAAGCCAUUUACAUGUGAA